CAUGUCAACGUAACGUACUUCCAGCCUGCAUUAAUCAUCAAGAAAGUGUAAUUGAUCCGAGUUCAGUUUUACCGUGCCCGGUGAACAAAGGUAAACCAUUAACACGAGCGCACAGACUGACCUCGGAUCAGUAUAAUCAGGAGCCCGCCCCCUGAGGAUUGGAAUGUGGGCGGUGUGUUGAUUGACAGUUUCAGCGAGCCAAUCGCAAGUCAGGUAAGCGCUUCGUGUCCAAUCGGAAAACGGCCGAGUAGUUUCUACUACAAGUUUUGCUCAGUCGGGAGAGCAGCAGCAAGAAAACACACACGAGCCUGGACGACUUGCACUGAGCUCUGGAAACCAUGAGAACUAAGUGCAGAAACCUCGAAGAUGCGAGGUUGAAAUCACUUUUUAUUGGAUACUGCCUUGCAUUUAACACUUUUUCCAUACGCGUCCGCGCCCAAGAGGGUGAUGGCUGUGGACAUACACUGCUGGGCACAGAGUCUGGCACCUUGGCCUCACAGAACUACCCGAACACGUAUCCCAGUAACACCUGGUGCAAGUGGAAGCUUCGUGUCCCAGAAGGCCGCACACUGCGACUUCUUUUUGGGGAUUUUGACAUCGAAAGCAGCUCCGGUUGCAGCAACGGCUCUCUGGUGAUCACAGAUAAAAAUGGGCAUCCCAGCCUAGGUCCGGUGUGUGGGCGGCUUAAUGCGUCGCAAACGAAUAUGACACUCGCAAGCAAUGAAGUGACAAUAACCUUCAAGUCGCGGACACAUCGGUCUGGGCGGGGGUUUCUACUGUCCUACGCCACAGACCUCUAUCCAGAUAUUAUCUCUUGUUUCCAACGAGGGUCUCAUUUUAGCUCGCCACAUUUGAGUGUUUACUGCCCAGCCGGGUGCAAAAACGUGACGGGAGACGUUUGGGGAAGUUCCGACCAGGGCUACAGAGAUACGUCGGUGCUGUGCAAGUCCGCCGUGCACGCCGGAGCAAUGUCCGACAGUCUCGGAGGCCGCGUGAGCGUGAGCCGUGGGAGGAGCCUCACGCUCUACGAGUCCACUUUUUCCAAUGGGAUCCUUUCUAAAAUGGGGUCGUUAUCUGAAAAGAAGCUGGUGUUCACUCAAGAAUGUAACAACAUCCUGGCGGUGCACGGUUUAAACGCCUCAUCUUUUGGAGACAAAGAGAGCCGAGAGCACAAGAUGUCCUGGUCCACCAGAAGCGUGCAUUCUGAACACGAGGGGCUCGUCUGGACCGCGCAGUGGGAUGAUCCGUCGCCCUGGGUGGAGUUUGGACUCCCUGACAAAAGCUCUAUAACAGGUGUGAUCACAACCGGAUCUAGCGAGAACCACAUCAAAUCCUACGUCCUCGUUUUUAGCAGAGACAGAAAGAACUGGAAAGUUUACAAAGAUGCUGUCAGCAAAGAAGAAAAGGUGUUUGAGUCCUAUGCGGACGGUCACCUGAGGGUGGUAAACAGCCUUUUUCCUCCCGCCGUGGCUCGCUUCAUCCGCGUGCGGCCUCGGAGCUGGGGUGGCCGAGCUUCAGCUCAGCUCCAAAUCCUGGGCUGCCCCUUCAAGGUCACGCCGAGGUCUCGCUCACCUGAAGAAUCUCUGCCCGGCAAAUCUAAUGCAGUGACUCCAAACACAUCGCCCGCUCCCACAGAGGGCUCCGUUUUAGUGGAGUCCAGGCAGAGAUCCAGCCAACCAGUCAUCAUCGCAGUGGGACUGGUCCUGGGUCUAAUCAUGUGCUUCGGUUGUUUGUUGGCUGGAAUCUGGUGGAAGAGAAGGAAAAAGGCUUCCCAAAUGAAGUACUCCGUGCCAACAACAGGUUGCCAGAGUUUCCAGGUGAAGACUCUCCCGUGUCCUCCCUCAGAGCUCAUCUCGUACCCUCUGGAGCGACAUAUCCACGACGACCUCCCGACCCCCACACUCAAUGACUAUGCGCAGCCCGCCAUUGGACAGAAGGUGGGCUCUACAUUUCGGCCCGGCUCAAACGAGGGCUACACGGUCCCGUUUAUGUUCAACCACUACGACUCCCCUGGCAACCUGCCAGAGUAUGCAGAGCCGCUUCCGCCAGAGCCCGAAUACGCCACCCCGUUCGGCGAGCAGGAACCUUCCCCCUCAGCGGGGGGCCCUCACGGCAACACGCGCGGCCCCCCCAGUAGCUACGACUGCCCCUCCCACAGGAUGCUCGACAACGGCUACUGCACUCCCGCCCUCCACGCCAACGCACCACGACCUCCCAGCGCCGUCUACGCCGAGCCAAAAUCAUCAUGUUACUCUUUACUGCAGAGGUACGAGGAACCUUUGUGAGAGGAACUCUCAAGAACCGGGAUGGACUGGGUUGUCCAAAGUGGACUAAAGCUGACACAGCGGAAUCUCCAAUGACGCAAGUCCCCAAAGUGGAGCUUGACAUGGGAGCCGUAUCACACUGCUGUGUAUCUGAAAGGAGAACAAUGUGUAAAUACACUGUUGCACAAAGACAAUAUGACCAUAUUUCAUGUAUUUUUAUUAUUGUUGAUGAAAGGUUGUUUUGGUCACAAGCUGCACUUUUUUUUUUACAGAUGCAAAAACAACAAACGACACGCAAAAGUAUUUAGUCACCUUUUCUUCCAACAAAUGUGAUUAAAUGGGAUUGACGUGGUGGACAUGUACUGUACGUUACCACCAGGUGGCUCUAGCGAGCUCUAAACGUCUAACAAGUGGACUGGACAGUGGCUAGUACAGUAUUGAGUGCAACAUGCUUAAUAUGUUUCUUAAUGGAAUAUUUUAUGACACAUAAAGGCACAAUUGACAUGUUGAGAUUCUAUGUUGUACCUGUGCUGCAAAAAAAAAAAAAAGAAACAAAAGAUUGUGUGACACCCUUUUUCAAGUUUUUUUUUAACAUAAGAACGCAACAAAUGUUUCCUUUACACAAAUACAUUUAAACACAAGAUAAACAAUUGUGAAUUUUAUCAACUUUUUGGCACAAUGUUGGUCUUAAAUUUAAGAUUCACACAUUUAAUUAAAAAUAAACUGCUUUUUUUUUGUCAACUA